AUGGAUCACGACUCAGGCGAAGGGAAGCUGGAGAGUGCGUCAAAGUUUGAUGGGAGCGACUAUUGGACUUGGAGCUUCCGAUUCGAACAAUGGGCAGCGGCGCACGAUCUAUGGGGGUACUUUGACGGCUCGGAGGAGCGACCUGCAACGGGUGACGCACGGCUGAAGUGGGAGAGGAAAAAUCAGAAGGCAUUCGCCCAAUUUUGCAAUGCCUUGGUGCCAGAUGAGCUGAUUCGCUUGGUACGGGAGUUCGGCGGCAAGACCGAGUUGGGCAGCGCACCUGUUGAUGGCGGAGCAAGAGCAGUCACCCGAAUUCCUGCAGGCACAGCAGCGGCAUACAUACGAGUGAAGGAGUUCUACCUUCAGCGUGGAUUGUGUAACCGGAUGGCACUCUCGGAGGAGCUCUCUUCAUUGAAGAUGAAAGAGGGGGAGGGGGUGGCUGCAUACUGGGCGCGUGCCGAGGACUUGAGGUCUAAGUACUUGGCUGCAGGAGGAAAGGAGGAGGUUGAGGAGUGGAUGAUGAGGGUACUCAAAGGACUACCUCCUCACUUUGAGAUGCUGAAGGUGGUGCUGAACAACCAGUCAUCAUCACUCACUAAGGAUCAGCUGCUUACCUCCUUGAGGAGCGAGGAGAUGCGGAUUGGUGUCGCACCAAGAUCGGAUGGUGUAGCCACCUUUGGAGCGGGUACGAAAGUGGGCAGCAGCGGCAGGGGAAAUUGGGACAAGGGAGGAAAGCAUGGAGGCAGCGGUAGCAGCAGUGACACCAACUCGGGCAGAUGGGGUCAAGGGAAAGGCAAAGUGGGAGUGCUUGAUUUCCCCUGGGGGUCCAAGGGCAUGGCUCCUCGGGGGUUGUGUCAUGGCUGUUGGGAUGAGGGACAUGCAUGUCAGCGAUGUCCUCAUCGACCUAAGGGAGGCAUUCCGGCAUUCUUAAAGCGGGGGGGUCGUGGGUCCAACGGCAAGGCACAGGUGGCGGAUGAGGAGGAGCAGGAUGACAAGGCAGAGGCAGUGGUUGGAGAGGCAGUUGCAGCAGUGGGAGAGGAGCAGCGAGAGGGGUGGUGGAUUGACAGUGGGGCCAGCCACAACUUUACUCCUUAUGCGUCAGACUUCAAAAGUAAGCUUCAGCCACCAGAGGUUCGGGGAGUUAGAUUGGGAGAUGGACGGGUGGUGAAAGCUGUUGGCAUGGGUGAGGUGCCAGUGGUUGGUGCUGGAGGUCAGCUGCUGAGGAUUCAAAAGGUCCACCUUGUGCCUGAGAUGCACACGCGUCUGCUGUCAGUCCCACACCUCACCUCUCGAGAUGUCAUUGUCACAUUCAAGGGCAAGAAAUGUGUCCUUCAACGGGGGGAGCGGGUGUUGGCGAUUGGAGAAAAGGAGAGGGGAAGGGACCAUGGAUUGGUGCGGAUGUUUCUUCCUCUUGCUCGGGGCACACAAGGCAGUGCUCUUGCAGCUGGGUCCUCCUCCUCAUUUUCCCCAUUGACCCUUGCCCAUCCCCGCCUUGUGCGCACACCGUCACUUGGAGGAGCGGUGUAUGUCCUCAGUCUCAUUGACGACUUCACCAGACGAGUUUGGUCGUUCCCCCUCCCCAACAAGGAAUCGGCCACAGUUGCAAAAGUCCUUCGCCAAUGGCAUAAGGACGUGGAGUUGAAGUGUGGGCGGAAGCUGAAGGCUGUUCGCUCGGACAGGGGUGGCGAGUUCUUGGGGGAAGCUGUAAAAGCAUGGAAGGCGGAGUUUGGCAUUAAAACUCAAUUGAGCGUCGCAGAUACACCGCAACAGAAUGGGGUCGUGGAGAGGUGGCACAGGACGAUGGCAGAGGGGAUUCGCACAUUGUUGGUCGACAGUGGUCUCCCUGCUCGCUUGUGGGGUGAAGCAUUGAUGUGGGUCGUGUGGGUUAAGAACAGGGUCACCCACAGUGCUUUGCCUACCUCCAUCACACCAAUGGAGGCGUGGUCUGGCCAGAAGCCGCAUGUGGGCAUGGCUCGGAUUUGGGGUUGCAUGGGGAGUGUCAUGCUGCAUGGGCAUGAGAAGGGUGGCAAGCUUGAUGCACGGGCUGUCAUGUGUGUCUGUGUUGGGGUGGACAUGGAGAGCAAGGGUUGGCGCAUGCUGGACCCUUCUCUCAUGCGCAUUCGCAUUGCUCGGGAUGUUGAUUUUCUUGAGAAUGCGAUGUGGAAGGAUUGGGACAAGGCAAAGGGAUUUGGGGAGCUUCUGCAGGAUGCAGCUGCAAUUUCCCAACUCCUCCCUCUUCCACUCUCGCCACCCUCUGCAACGGCUGACGACGUUGAGAUGCCACCUUUAUCACUGCCACCGGCACCGCUGAGUGUGUCGGUGCAGCAGCUGCCCACCCCUCUGCAGCAGCUCAGUGGCCCCUCGGUCAUUCAGCGGAGAUCCGCUACACAGGCUACUUCCUCUUCCUCCUCCUCUGGUCAGCGCUCUGUCCCUCUCUCUACGGGUGCCCCUCCGUCACCAGCGACUACCUCCCCACCACCGGUUACGGGUUUGCAGGUGCUUGGUAUCCAGUCUGGUACAUGUGGUGAGGAGGUAGGGGGGGAUGCUGGUGUGGUUGAGGGCAUGCUGUGUUUGGCCAGGGAGGUGGAAGGGCCCUGCGUGGAAGGCAGGCACUGA